AUGCUGCUUCAUACAACACCUCAGUUUUACUGUGUUUAUCUCCUUCAGUCUAUUCCAAAACCGCGAACGUUUUAUGUCGGCUCUACUCCCGAUAUGAAACGCCGAUUACGUCAACACAAUGGUGAUCUAAAGGCCGGUGGAGCAUUUAGAACCAAACGUAAAGGAUCUCGUCCUUGGAAAGUGGUGACUAUAGUGUAUAACUUCCCAUCGCGAAUAUCGGCAUUACAGUUUGAGCAUUCAUUGCAACAUCCACAAUUUACGCGUCGCAUUCUGCACGAUGACCGCGUUAGUAAAAGUCAAAGCACCAGUUUGCAUCAACGGUUGGCGAAUAUCAAGUUGUUGAUUACUAGUCCUGGUUUUGUCAGAAUGGACUUGAAAGUAAAAAUAUUUGAUGACGAAGUUUAUCUUGCAUGGAGAACUGAUAAAUAUGAUGUUAAGUUUGACCGCGAAGUCGAGCUUGGCAAGUUUGAUGAGCUUGAUAUUAACGAAUGUGAUGAUGAUUUUGAUGCGAUGAAACAAAAGGCUUUAGAUGAAGAUAUUUCUUGUUGUAUAUGUAAAGCAAAUAUUGACGUGUUUAAAGAUGUUCCUGAAAUCACCUCAAGACACGAAUUUGCAGAAUUCCUUGGCCGGUUCCCCUUGGUUAGUUUGUGCUAUAAUACUAACUCCACGUUCCACUUGACAUGCAUGGCAAGAUCCCAGGAUCAGCUAAUACCGACAAGUGUAAAUUGUCCUUGUUGUUCCAAGUCUUUAACCUGGUCAAGAAUCGUAAAAACUUCAACAAAGUUGCGGUAUUACCUACUAAAGGACAAUGUAAAGGGGUUAACCCAGCCUACCCAAGAUGCAUGUACUCAAGAAUUACUUACACAAAAUACACCAUAA